CGUUCGCUGCUCGCAGUAAUGCGGCGUGAGUGCGUGGAUACGUACAUAGGUCGAUUUGCGCAUGAGAACAAGAUAUCAUGCCAUUCGCUGUGAAAAAAGGGCGCGCUUACGAAAUGUGACACAUUUCGUGUGAAUACAAAUGAAAUCGUAUUAUGAAGAUAUCAACGUGACUGAUCAUCAGAUUUCUUUGCGAUUUGCCAAUGAGGAUCGAAUUUAACGACGUCAUGAUUUUCUUUGGUGCGACUAGAAGAUGGUAUUAUCUUCGAGAAAGAUGAGUUUUUUGUGAGAAACAAAAAAUGGAGAAUCAAGGCUUCGAAGGAGAGCAAUAUCGCAAUAACGGAAGCAGUUAUUUUAUUCACACAGAUUCCGCGAUACAUCCUGACGUUCACGUUUACGAGGACAUCGGUCCAAGUCGUGAAGAAUUCUGUAGAAUUUCUUCCGGUUUCCUCGAAGAGUCAGCUCGUUCGAAAGUCGAACAGAAUGGUCGUUCAUUUAUAACUUCGAACUUUAAGAACGACGCGACUGAAAGAAUUCGAUCGGAAUCUUCUCAGUCGAUUUAUUUCCAACGAAAUUUAACGUUGCCUUUUCGCCGAGGACUUUUAUCGUCAACUUCGUCUCCUUCGACGAGUUACUCCAUAUGGGAAAAGAGAUGGAAAAGUAGUAAAGAAAAGAAAGAUCGUUCGUUAGAAAGAAAUCUUUCUGAUAAUCCACGUUCACGGGAGGAUAAUGGGAAUAAAAAUAAUGCAUUAUCGAGAUUGCGAGAAGAAGAUCAUGUCAGGGCAAGCGAAAAAUGCAGGAGGAAGGACUAUAAAUAUUGUAAAAAUAAAGGUAAUUCUGUGAAUUCUGAGAGUCAGGAGAAGAUAAACGCGAAUGAUGAGAAAGGUAAAGAAUCAUCAUGCUCGUGUCUAUCGAACGAAACAAUCCUUUUCCAACACAGUGACAAGUUCCUUCCGCUUUGUCACUCAUUGUGCAAGACUACCGAAGAAUCCACGGAGUUUACGAGACAAAAUUCUUCUUCCAUUGCGAUAUUUUCGAUCUCAGAGAAGGUUCAACAGCAAAAGCAAGAGCAAUAUCAUCAUCGUCAUCAUCACGAACAGCAGCACUUACCAUCGAGAGCACUCGAAUACCUGCAGUACGAUAGAAACGACGUUGAAACGAAGCUCGCUCACGUGUUGGAAACUAACGAAGAUAAGACGCUCAUUAUAUCAAAGAGAAGUCAACCAAAUAUGAGAAUAAAUUCGAUUUACACACAAGAUCAUUGGUAUGCUAAGGAAGCUUCAAUAUUUUUCACGGAUCUUAAGGAAUCAAGUACUUUUCAGAGGGCUUAUUCCCUCCCAGUACGAAUGCAAACUCCUACUUCGCAAAAUCGGGUUAACUUGCGAAAAAGCGUCCGUGGCGAACCACCACCGGAUCCAGCAAGACUUCACAAAAAUCAUCGCGGAUGGACGUUACAUCUUGCACGACCACUCGAAGGAUCUGGCUGCAAUAGAUCUUUGAUCUUCUUAUUGGUCCUUUUAUUGAUACUUCUCGGAGUAGGCGCUGGUGCUCUUUAUAUCGUCUUCGAACCGCAAAAACUACAAAUUAUUCAACUUUAUCUGAAAUCGUCGAAUGGAAACUCAUCGAUGCAAAACGUCACGUCCGAGGAGUCUUUCAAUCAGGUUUUCUUAAACGAAUCGAAGAACGUGCCGAUGAGAACACCAACGACGAGUACCAUUCACAUGACCGAUGUAUUUUUAAAUGUCGACCUGUCGUUCUCCGAUGAUACUCCAUCGCUGAUCACGAAAACGGAAACGGAAGCAUCGAACAUUGUGCAUGCGAAUACUAAUUCGACGAGAUAUUGCGAUGAUUGCUUGAGUGGAGAGGUCUGCGUUGGUUUGGUAGAUGAAGAAGUGCCUAUUUGUAGAAUCGGUUUGGAUCCUGAAGAUCCAACAGGAUGUGCUGGUCUGUGUAUUAUCAACAAGCAAAGAUGUCAUCGUCUUGACAUCGACGCUUUUAGGUGCGUAGAGAUAGAGCACUACUGUCUAAACGAUGAGUGGACUUGCGUGAAUACACUUUGUAUUCCUAUGGAAAAACGUUGCGACGGUCAUAUGAACUGUUACGAUCACUCUGAUGAGUACAAUUGCGAUUGCAAUUCAGAGACGCAUUUUCAGUGCGGCAACGAUACUUCUUGCCUACCAUUGGAAAGGAGAUGCGAUGGUAGAAUAGAUUGUUGGGAUGCUAGCGAUGAAAUUAAUUGCACCUUAGGUCAUAAUUUUGGUCGGUCUUGCCCAUUGGAAAGCGAAUUUACGUGCAGUAACGGGCAAUGUAUAUUAAGGGCUCGAUUUUGCGAUGGAUUGGUCGAUUGUGCCGAUGGAUCGGAUGAGCCACAUGGAUGCGAGGGUCGAUGCAAUAAGCAUGAAUUCACAUGCCAAAAUAAUAGAUGCAUUGCAAAAGGUGCAAAAUGUAAUGGAAUAGAUGAUUGCGGAGACUAUAGUGAUGAAAGACAUUGCAAAGAUCAUGUUAUGUAGCAUUUAUAAAUCAUGAGAAAAGUUACAAUGAACAAGAAAAAGUUAUGAUAGAUAUACAGUAUUUUAUAUACAAAUAAUUAUAUAUGUAUGUAACGUGUAUAUAUAUACACACACACGUCUUGUAUAGAUAGUAUAAUAAUCUUGAACGGAUAAUGAAUAUUAUUAAAUAAAAGAGUACUAAUUACUUCACAA